AUGAAAUCUGCUACCAAUGUAACAGCGAAUCUGCAAUGUGCCCAUGAAGAGUCGAAAGAUCAAGUGAACAUACCAUCUGGAGAUGUUCCAAAUGAGACGAUAAAAGUUCCAGAUGGAGGAUGGGGAUGGAUUGUCACAUUCUCAUCCUUUAUGCUGAAUUGUUUGAUGGAUGGAGCAUUAACAUCUGGAGGAAUUUUCUUCCAAACGUUCUUGACUGAGUUUGGAGACAGUAAGGGGAAAACACAGUUAAUGAGUUCCAUGAACAGCGGCAUGUCAUAUCUAAUUGGUCCGAUUGCUGGGGCUCUUGCCAGCCGUUACGGGUGUAGAAGAGUUACCAUUCUAGGACUUGUCUUAGCAAGUACAGGAUUCUUUCUAUCAACAUUUUCCUCAAGUAUUGAAGUUAUGAUUCUGCUUCAUGGCGUUCUUGGAGGGAUAGGGUUCGGACUUGUAUAUACACCAACAAUAAUUAUAGUGAGUACAUACUUUGAAAAACGCAGGGCUCUUGCCAUUGGAGUCGCAACAUGUGGAUCAGGUAUAGGGGAGUUUGUGUUUGCCCUAUUGUCCGUGAAUCUACUGGAGGCAUACGGCUGGAGGGGAACCUUUUGGAUUAUAUCCGGCAUUGUGUUAAAUGGUGUUGUGUUCGCAUCAUUUUACAGAGAACUGAAAACUGAACCAGUUAAGAAAGAAGUGAUUAAAGGAUCAUGUUGCAAGAAAUUGUGUUGUUCUGUCGACGUGAAUUUCAACUGGUCAUUACUGAAAAGUCGAUCCUUUGUUAUUUUCUCUCUGUCGUGUUUUCUUGUGUCAGUAGGUAUGAACAUUCCAUACGAUUUCCUUCCGGCACUGGCGAGUGAUCUCCAUCUGUCUAAUAAUGAGGGUGCUCUUCUUAUGUCUAUCCUAGGAAUAUGUAACACAGCAUCGAAUGUCAUAUUUGGCAUCAUCAUUGACCUUGACCAUGUCAACAGCAUUCUACUCGGCAGUGCUAUGCUCAUAAUUGGAGGAGUUGCCACGUGUCUUGUUCCCUAUUAUCGGGGAUUUACUUUGCUUGCAGCAUACGCCGCUCUGUUCGGGGUGGUCAUAGGAGCAUUCGAUCCUCUGACCUCCAUUAUCAUUGUUAAACUGAAAGGAAUCGGACGCCUACCUAGCGGGUUUGGACUGCUCAACCUUUUUAUCGGGAUUGCUGCAAUAAUUGGAUCACCGAUAGCAGGAACCAUUUCUGACGACAGAGUGAGUUAUGACAUGGCAUUCUAUUUCGCUGGAGCUGUAAUAACUGUAGCUGGUAUAAUAAUCUUACCACUUUGCAAGUUAUCAUGCUGCCAAAAAACGGGAACAAAUGAAGAAAGUUCAAGAAAGGAAUAA